GGCAGCCCCUUGAGCGCUGCUCCUCCCAUCUCCAGGCCCGAAUCAGACACCUUUUCGUUCCCAUUCAUUUGCCCCAAAUCAGACUCCAGAGGCACAGGAAAAUUUGCUUUAAAACCACUAUUUUUUAAAAUCGGUUUAUUGACCUAAAAUUAGGAUUUUUCAGGAUAAUUCGAUUCAGAUUCGAAUCUCAAUGUAAACGAUAUCGGAGCAAUGCGGGUCGAAUGCGCACUCUAAUGGAAACGAUGCACCCAUGAUGCGCUUCCUGAUCCGUGUUAUAGGCCAGUGGGAAUGGGGCCUUUUCCUUUAGCUAGAGCUGAUUUGCCAUGUAUCUCUUCCCUCCCUUUACAGCAUUACCUGUAGUAUAUCUAUUCUCCAAUACUGCUUCCCAAGUUCUGAGAAAUUCAAAGUUUAUUAUUUAAUUAGGUAACGAUAUCCCAAGGAAGACGGUACUAAUGAACAAAGGAUGGGAGACCAAUGUGAAAAUCAGAUGCACAGGGAAAGAGAACACGUCUUCGGCCAGGAAGAUAUACAUGGAUUAUAAUGCAACUACUCCUCUAGCCCCAGAAGUGAUUGAGACAGUUACAGAAGCUAUGCAUGAAGCUUGGGGCAAUCCUAGCAGCUCUUACACAGCAGGUCGCAGGGCUAAAGAGAUCAUAAAUGAUGCUCGUGAAAGCCUGGCUAAAAUGGUAGGAGGUCGGCCUCAGGACAUCAUCUUCACUUCUGGAGGAACUGAGGCAAACAAUCUAGUGAUCCAUACUGCAGUGAUGAAUUUUAAGGAAAGCAACAAGGAAAGGCCUGUUGGGCCAGGUGAAGAUCCAAAAAAGACUUCAGGGACACGUCCACAUUUAAUUACAUCUUGCAUUGAACAUGACUCAGUCCGUCUCCCUGUUGAGCAACUAGUAAAGGAACAUGAGGCUGAAGCCACUUUUGUCCUAGUGUCUAAAGCAACUGGACAAGUGGAAGUGGAUGAUGUAGUUGCUGCUAUCCGUCCAAAUACAUGCUUGGUUUCCAUAAUGCUGGCCAAUAACGAGACUGGGAUUAUCAUGCCUGUCUCAGAACUCAGUCAGCAAAUUCAAGCUGUCAAUCGGAAGAGAAUGACAUCUGGUUUGCCACGGAUCUUGGUGCAUACAGAUGCAGCACAGAUGAUUGGGAAAGGUCAAGUGGAUGUGCAGGAUCUGGGAGUGGAUUACCUCACUAUUGUGGGGCACAAGUUUUAUGCCCCACGUAUUGGAGCACUGUAUGUCCGAGGGCCUGGUGUCACCACUCCUCUCCAUCCCAUGCUCUUUGGAGGUGGGCAAGAACGGAACUUCCGCCCUGGGACUGAAAACACACCAAUGAUUGCUGGCCUUGGCAAGGCAGCAGAACUGGUGAAUAAGCACUGUGAAGCUUAUGAAGCUCACAUGAGGAAAGUUCGGGACUACCUGGAGGAUAGGCUAGAAGCUGAGUUUGAAGACCAAGGAGUCCAUUUUAACUGUCGCCUGAAAGGUUCUAGGCGACUGUGCAACACCUGCAAUUUUUCCAUAGUGGGCUCAGGACUGCAAGGUCGGCUGGUGUUGACUCACUGUAAGACUUUGCUUGCCAGUGUUGGAGCUGCAUGCCACUCAGAGAAUAGUGACAAGCCAUCCUUUAUCCUGCUUAACUGUGGUAUUCCUUAUGAUGUGGCACAGAAUGCCUUGCGCCUCAGUGUGGGGCGUGAAACCAGCAAGGAGGAUGUGGACCUGAUUGUAGAAGAUCUGAAACAGGCUGUGACUAUGCUACAAGGGAAAGAUUUUACUUGCUAGAAUCAGGAGGUGACUUUCCCCAGACCUACUCUCUCUGGCAUCACCUAGGUUUGGGAGAAUGAGGGAGAGUUACAUCCCUAUCAGUGCAUGGCUGCUGGAUUAUUCCUAAACCAUCACUUGUGAUUCCCCAGCCCCUGAAUACACCAGGCCAUUUUUGUUAUGGUUGUGGCAGCAGCACUUGCUUUGAGAAAUAAUUGCUCACUGAGUACAGUUCUGGAAUGAAGGAGAUUCCUUCUGUAUGUUUUAAUAUGGGAUGGAGGAUUCCAGCUGUGCUUGAACCUUUUAGGUGAGUUUGAAUGGUUACAUAUAGGAAUAGAUGGGUGAAUUUCAAAUUGGCAUUUGCCUUACUACCUAGAAACACUAUUUUGAUGCCACCCUUCCCAUUUAUCUCUUGUCAGGAGUGGAACAUUGUUGUUUCCUCCCGCCCAAGUGGGGCAUUUAGGGAACAUGGAAAUUGCCUUUUGCAACAGCAGACCUGUUUGCACAGUUGCCAUGGUAGUGCAUUGUGUUUAAUGAAGAGCUUCAAACUAGGAGCAGAAUAUCUAAUGUCCUGUCUCUUAGAAUUAAAGAGCAGAUUGUGCAUGUGUGUAGCCUUCAUUUCACAUUGCUCUGUUUAGCGAGAACAUUAAGGCUGCAUAGGCAGAGGCUACUCUCCUUGUAGCCUAGCUUUAAAGGGCCACUUUGCUUUAAUUCAUGACAAAUCCUGCUGGAGAAAGCAGCCAUGAUAAUGGGGGACCUGAACAAGGAAUCAUUGCUGCCCUGUUUCUCCUGCUUGCCAAAAGGAACAAGUCAGCAUAGCUGUCAUUUCUGCACAGAGGAAGAUGGCAAAUACUGGCUGCUGUAGCAGUUACAUUGCCCUUGCAGGGAGAUGCAUGCUUCACUGUCUCUCAUUGGUGUAAGUAUGUCUCUUGCCUGUAAAGAAGAGAAAACACUCUUUAUAGUUUUGGACUGAGGCCUUUACUUAUGAUGGGGAAGAAAAGCUACCUUCUUUGGUUGCCUCUGCAGGGGCUGUCUGUGGUAGCAUGGACAAAGGGAACAAAUUGUGGGAGGCAUAAAUUUAUUCUUCAUUUCCCCACCAAUAUAGCAGCACAUCUGGGCAUCACAGCAUAGCUCUCUGCUAAAUUCCAAGUUCAGCCAUGGAAUAUUUAUGCAGGACUGUCUCUGGCACAGAUGUUUUGCUCCUUAUUGGUAUUAAUGGGUAGUAAGGAGGGUGUACAUGGGAUUCUCUUUGUUGAAAUGAAUAGCCAGUCAUCUUUUGUUACGAAGAGGAAAGUGGUAAGGGAAAAUGACAAAGAUAAUUGGCAAGGCAAGCAGAGCUCUGAUUCUCCCUCUGUUGGUUAACCCAGGGGCAGAGAAAAUAUGGCUCAUGUGCCCCCAACAUCCUUUUUAUGUUCACUUGUUCCAAAGCCUUCGCUUGCAAAGUGUUUUUUUCUGGGAGGAAAAAUGCCUCCAUUAGACUAGCAGAUUCAGUCUAAACACCCCAGCAAUGAAAAAUGAGCAAAUACUAGCAGAAAAAAUGCAGGAGAAACUAGAAGCAGAUUUCUACUUAUGUUUAGAACUUGUAUUGGGCUAUCAGCUCAUUUUGUAUGAGGAAACUCUGCUUUUGUCUGAGGAAACUCUACUCCAAAAAUGCUCAUAUAUAUGCACAGUGCUCUCUCCCCCUCUCUGUCUGUACACACACAUCUCAUAAAGAUAGGACUUUUCUCAUUUCCUUGGAUAGGCUAUGCUCAGAUGGAAGGGUUCAAAAUACCAAAAGGUUUCAGAGCAUUUCUGAAAAGUAAAGAUUCUUGCCAGGCAUACUGUUUCCCAGCAGUUGAUGCCAAGUGGUUUAGAGCAGGGGUAGGCAACCUCUUUUGAGCCGGGGGCCGGGUUGCUGUCCCUCAGCCAACUGGGGGGCCGAAGCCAAAAAAUAAAUAAUUAAAUAAUUUUUAAAAAUUGAAUAAA